UUGGUUUCCACCUAAAACAGCUUCACUUUGGGCCACCGGAGAUGGAAGAAACUGAGCCGACGGCGAGUGUUUCAGCCGCCGAAACCUUCUGAACCCCCUCAGCAAACAUCCACCGCGGACCCUCGAAGCCAUGUUCGCUUCCACAUUGUUGUUUUUGUGAGGGAAAAAGCGGCCCGGAGCGAUUUUUGUUUGGAAGUGGCGACUCGACAGCGCCUUAGUUGAGUUAGCUUCACGGACUCAAAACCCGAACCGGACAAACGGACACUGGGUUGGAUUUGAGCCCACGCCAUGAACAGUGUUAACCGACCGUGUUAACAUUGAAUUAGCUGUAUAUAUAUAUUUUUUUAUGUUUUUGUUUUUCCCCCCUCUUGUCGCUCACAGUUCAUAUGUUCACUUCUAACACGUCCGGUCUGGUUUGAAAAUUGUCACGAUCCAUGCUGAGACAGUUUCCCCCGGAGAAAGAGCCGCAGAGCGAGGCGAUCUUUUUAAUUUUCUCCUGAAAGAGGGAGUCGGUGGAUUUUUUCUACAGACUAUUUUUGGACUGGUCAAGGGAGCAGCAUUAACUGAAUAAAGAUGUCAACAAAAACUCCCUUACCUACAGUCAACGAGAAGGCGACGGAAAGUCACACGUCUCACGGUAAUGGGCGUCAGGAGAUCAGCACGCGCUCGAGCCGCACCGGCGUGCGGACGCGCAGCUCGGAGGAGCCGCAGCAGCCGCACGUCGGCAACUACCGGCUGCUCAAAACCAUCGGCAAGGGCAACUUCGCCAAAGUCAAACUGGCCCGACACAUCCUCACCGGCAGAGAGGUGGCAAUUAAGAUAAUAGACAAGACGCAGCUGAACCCAAACAGCCUUCAGAAGCUCUUCAGAGAAGUUAGAAUAAUGAAGAUCUUGAAUCAUCCAAAUAUAGUUAAGCUUUUCGAGGUGAUUGAGACGGAGAGGACGCUCUACCUGGUGAUGGAAUAUGCCAGCGGAGGAGAGGUGUUCGACUACCUGGUUGCACAUGGAAGAAUGAAGGAAAAAGAGGCCAGGGCUAAAUUUAGACAGAUCGUGUCGGCGGUGCAGUACUGUCACCAGAAGCACAUUGUUCACAGAGACCUCAAGGCCGAGAACCUGCUCCUCGACGCCGACAUGAACAUCAAGAUCGCCGAUUUCGGCUUCAGCAACGAGUUCACCAUGGGCAACAAGCUGGACACGUUCUGCGGCUCCCCACCAUACGCCGCGCCGGAGCUUUUCCAGGGGAAGAAGUACGACGGGCCGGAGGUGGACGUCUGGAGUCUCGGGGUCAUACUGUACACGCUGGUCAGCGGCUCGCUGCCCUUCGACGGACAGAACCUCAAGGAGCUGCGCGAGCGCGUCCUCCGAGGAAAGUACCGCAUCCCCUUCUACAUGUCCACAGACUGCGAGAACCUCCUCAAACGCUUCCUGGUGCUCAACCCGUCCAAGCGGGGCACGCUCGAGGUGAGGGAGGACGCAGAAAAUCAAAUCAUGAGGGAUCGAUGGAUCAACACGGGGUUCGACGAGGACGAGCUGAAGCCUUACACUGAACCGGAGCUGGACAUCACGGACCAGAAGAGAAUAGACGUGAUGGUGGGAAUGGGCUACAACCUGGACAAGAUCCAGGAGUCUCUGGCCAAGAUGAAGUACGACGAGAUCACGGCCACGUACCUGCUGCUGGGCAGGAAGGCUUCUGAGCUGGAACCCAGCGAGUCCGCCUCCAGCAGCAACCUCUCUCUGGCCAAACCCAGACCCAACAGCGAGCUCAACGGUCAGUCGCCCUCUCACCUCAAAGUGCAGCGGAGCGUGUCGUCGUCCAACCACAAACAGAGACGUUACAGCGAACAAGUCGGUCAGAACGUCCCUGCAGGGAUGUCUCAUCCGAAGAGGAGUCAGACGACCACGGCGGAGAACAACGCCAAGGAGGAGAGCGGCGUCCAGCUCCGGAAACCCAGCACGCCGGGCAGCCGCGGGGCUCCGCCCGCCAGCCCCCUGCUGGGCAACGCCAACAACCCCAACAAGGCCGACAUCCCUGACCGCAGGAAAGGCGCCACCACGGGCCCGAGCAAUAUCACUGCGUCGGCAGGCAUGACCAGAAGGAACACGUACGUCUGCAGUGACAGGAACAACGCGGACCGCCUCGCCGUCAUCCCCAACGGGAAAGAGAACAGCAUGACAGAGAUGGCUUGUGCCACUAGCCCCUCAUCUGCCUUUGCGGCUACUGUGCUGGGUGCCUCGUCCAGUUCGGUGCGGCUGAGGUAUCAAACCGCCGGCCCUUUGCACACUUGCCAGGCAGGCUGGGCCACGCUGCCCCACUCCUACUACGAUCUGGACUACAGCGUGCCCAACAGCAUCGCCGUGUCGCCCGGCAGUCAGAGGAACCCGGUGGUGUCCACCCACAGCGUCGCCAACGCCACCACGCCCGACCGACUCCGCUUCCCCCGGGGAACCGCCAGCCGCAGCACCUUCCACGGCGGCCAGCUGAGAGACCGGCGCACGGCCACGUACAACGGGCCGCCGGCCUCGCCCACGCUCUCCCACGACGCCACGCCUCUGUCCCAGACGCGCAGCCGCGGGACCAGCAACCUUUUCUCCAAACUCACCUCCAAACUCACCCGCAGAAACAUGUCAUUCAGGUUUACCAAAAGAGUCUCAACAGAAUUUGAGAGAAACGGGAGACUUGAGGGCUCAAGUCGCCAUGUACCUGGGGAUCAAAAAGGGGAAAAUAAAGACAGUAAACCCCGCUCCCUCAGAUUCACUUGGAGUAUGAGGACCACCAGCUCCAUGGAGCCCUGCGACAUCAUGCGGGAGAUUCGCAAGGUGCUCGACGCCAACAACUGCGACUACGAACAGCAAGAGAGUUUCCUGCUGCUGUGCGUGCACGGCGACGGCCACGCCGAGAACCUGGUGCAGUGGGAGAUGGAGGUGUGCAAGCUGCCACGCCUCUCGCUCAACGGCGUACGCUUCAAGAGGAUAUCAGGCUCAUCCAUCGCAUUCAAGAACAUCGCUUCCAAAGUUGCCAACGAGUUAAAGCUAUGAGCAAAACCCACACUUACACACACACACGUACAUAUAUAUAUAUAUAUAUAUAAAUAUAUAUAUAUAUAAUAUCUAGAAGUAUUUAAGCUGUACAAUCAUCCAAGUAGCAGUUUCCAAAUGUCUCCCCCUCUCCUUUUUUUAAAAAAACAAAACAAAAAUACAGAGUUAUGUAUUGAAUAUUAAAAACUGUAUAGUUUAAGGCUUUUGGCAAUAAUCACUGAAUUAUCUACUAAUACUUCAGUCUGUUGUUGGUGUUGUUGCUGUGGCCUCGACACGCGGGCUGGAAAACGAUUUGUCAUGCUGUGAAUGUGGACAAAAAAAGCAUUUCUAGUCUUAUUUAUUUCAUCUGUUUUUUGUUU